AUGAAUCCGACGGGGCUUCGAAGGAUCCCCCCUGACCAAUCAUCAGGGAGUGGCCACAGCUUUGGCAGCCGUAGGCACCCAAGCAUCAAAGACCCUAUUCUUUCAAAGCGGGUGUGCUUCUACAAAAGUGGAGAUCCUCAGUUUAAUGGCCUGCGUAUGGUCAUCAACAAUCGUACCUUUAAAACCUUUGAUGCACUCCUGGAUAGUCUCUCUAAAAAAGUUCCCCUGCCAUUUGGUGUGAGGAACAUCACCACCCCUCGGGGGGUUCAUGCGAUCUAUAACUUGGAUGAACUGGAGGAUGGGAAGUCCUACAUCUGCUCUGACAGCCGUAAGGUAAAACCUAUCAAUCUGGCGCUGGCCAGGAAGAAGCUGCCACCCUGGUACCACGCCAGGCCCGUCAGUUCUCGUCGUCGGACUGUGCAGCAGGCCAGGUUCUUUCCUGGCCGGAACAACCACAAGCAGGAGCGAGUGGUUGUGCGAACGCCAAAGAGGCUACUGGUUUUUCGCAAUGGAGAUCCCACUGUAAAAUACACUGUGGUGCUACACAAGAGGACUACGCCCACUUUUGAGUCCAUCCUGGAAUAUAUCUCAGAGCUGAUGCAGUUCCAUGUGGUGAAACUACACACACCUGAUGGCAGACGUGUCGACAGUCUUCCAGGCUUGAUAUUGUGCUCUGGGACUGUAGUGGCGGCAGGCAGGGAGCCUUUCAGGUCUGCAAACUACAAUGUACAGAAAUCACUAACUCCAACAUGGCUUCCUACCAACCGAAAAGGUCCAAGAAGACUGAAGUCUUUAAACCGUAAAAAGAAGUCCAUGUCAUAUAGUUCAAAGUCAAGGAAUUUCUCCCCAUCAUCUGAGCAGUAUAUCGUGAAUCGGAUCCAUAACUCCAUUGCAGAAAGUUCAUAUGACCUUCCCAGUAACCCUACAAACUCUGUUGAGUUGGAGUCCAGCCGUAUACUGGAGUCAGUGGCAGAAACAGAGGGUGAUGGAGCUGAAGGGCAGGGCUGCUUGCUGCCUGCUGAGGAUGACAUUGAGAAGUCCUUUCGGGUGAACCAGGAUGGCAGCAUGACAGUGGAGAUGAAGGUGCGCUUGACAAUUAAGGAAGAGGAAACCAUCCACUGGACGACCACUCUCACACGCUCAAGUGUAGCCAAUCAGUGUAAUGUGAGCUGUUUAACAGAGCCCGAGGCAGAGCAGGAGAUCUGCUCGCCUACAUCAAAUUCACUGGAUCCACAAAGUCCUGCUGACUCCACUGACAGCAUCGACAAGGACAGAACCAAAGACAACAAUGAUGAGGAUCCACCAUCACUGAGCAAUGGAGCUCCCAGUGAGAGUGGUAAUGAAGAGGAUUAUAUCAAAGUGCAGACAGACAUGCUGUCACCUAGAAGAGCUCCUACGCCAGGGUACAAGCAAAUUAUAAAAAAGCAAGCCUCCAUGGAGAGCAUCAAAUCACUGUUGGCCGAGGGUAUUCAGGAAGCCUCUACAUUUGGCUCAUCAUCUAAAGCUCUCCUUGCUUUCCUGUCCGUCAUGACCCUGAAGGAAGGCAUAACUAACUUCAAUAUGGAUGAGCUGAAUGCAAACAAUGUCAGCUGUGCCGAGGCUUUAAAAAUGAUCGAUUCUCUCAGAGAAAUUGCCAGUAUUGAGGAUUCCCACAAGUUAAAAGUUAGUUUGUCAAAUUUACAGCAGUCGACUUCGAAGCAGCUCCUGCAAAGUUGGAAGGACUUUCAGGAACUCAGCAACAAAUGCAAGAGUCGCAGCUCGACACCAAAUUGUUCGGAGGAAGAGCUCAUAACUGAAGCUAGUCCAGAAAAAGACUGUGGCACUGAAGAAAAUGUUAUCGAUGAAAUCAUGGAUAACCUUGACAUACCUGAGAAGCUCAAGGUGGAAUUGGCCUCUCUUUCAAUGGGAGUCAAAACUGAGAGUGAUGAUGAAGAAAAGAUGUCCGCCAGGUUUAUGGGAAAAGUGGAAUUGUCACCAAAAGAUAUCAGUGAUUCCGAGGUAUCUCAUUCCUCCACAGAAGAUGCUGUUAAUGUUGGGGAUGUUACUCAAGAUGAGAAAUUUAAUGUUGACGUGAGCUCCAUCAUUAAAAAAUUCACAAACAUUAACCAGCAAAAACAAUCUGACAUGGACAGUAGUCACCUGAUUACAGAGAGAGUCAAGCAUGAACCAAACGACCAGACAACUACAGACGAGGACAGUCACUAUGGGCAGAAUGGUGCGGUCAAAUGUCCACCAGCUGAACCUGUGGAAGAGGAUAGGGAGGCCAUGAAUUCAUGUGAGGAAGAAAAUCUGGAAAAUCAAGAAACGUUAAACAUGAAUGGAGUAGUCAGCAGCGAGAAAGACCAUGAAAAAGAAAGUCAUGAGGUAGAGUGUAAGCAGCUGCAGAUGCAAAGUGAGGAGAGUGUGAGUAUCCCAGAGAAUGAGCUUACCAGUGAUGAUGAGUCAGGUUCAGAUGACGAAGGACAGGACAUUUCAAGUGUCAAUAAAGAUGUAGAACAGGGAGAGAGCUGUAAGCAAAGUGUAUCUAGCUCAGAAGCAGGUGAGCAACAUAGUUCUGAAGAGGAACAACUGGAAAUUGAAUGUGAGGAGAUAAAACAGGAGGGAAGUGAAGGUGAAAACUUGUCCAACCCUGACAGUGACUCUGAGGAGGAAGAGGACAAGCAACCAAGCUCUAAUUACUAUGUAGAGCUGAGUGUCAGCAGGAAGGAGAGCAUCUCCAGCCCAGAUAGUGAAAACCAGUCUUUGACAGAGGAAGAGAAACCAGAGGUUGAAUGUAGGGACCUGAGCAACGAAGAUACGUUGUCUUACCCUGCAAGUCUGCCCGAGUCUGAGAAGGUACCAGAUAUUCAAAUAUCAGGUAUGGGGUUAAAUAUCAGUGUUGAUGAAAGCACAGGUAACUCAGAUGAAGAUGAAAAAUCUUCUUCAGAGGAAGAGCAGGCAGAGGCUGAAUGUAAGGAACUAAAGGUUAUAAUUGAGGAAAGUUUGUCUGAGACUGAGGAAGAAAAGGAGAUCAUUGAAGAGGAGGAACACCUUGAUGAUCUGUCAGAUCACGAGGAAGAGACGAGAAAGGCUUUGAUAGAAGAGACAGAGGAGGACAAUGUUAGCUCAGACAAUGAGGACCCCCACGCUGACAAAAAACACAUUUUUGGUACAAAAGAUCUAAGUAACCUGGAUUCAUAUACCGAAAAAGACAGCAGCAGCUUGAUAAAGUCUGACAGUUUAGCAAAGCGUUGUAGAUUUAAUGCAGAUGAGGACAGCGGGAAUGACCACAGCAGCUGUGAAGAGCAGGUGGAGGUAGAGCAGAUCAAAAGCUCAGUUGAAGAAGAAUUAAGCUACUACGAGAAAGAGUCCAGCUCAGAGGAACAAGCCAAUAUGGACACAUACACGGAGGAGAGCUGUAAAGAAUAUGAGGAAGCUCCUGCACAGUCGGAUGUCACAAUCGCAGAGAGGGUAGGCCUUCUGGAGAAGCAAGCUGCAGAUGCACAAAAGAGAGAAAAUGUUACAGAUAUUCCUGCUAUCAGACAUUCUUCUGAAAGAAAUACCCACCUGGAGUCGGAUGCUGAGGAUUCACCCUCUGAAUCUCCCACAUCUCAGUCAACUAUCUGUCCCCCAUCAGCUCCUCAGUCAUCAUUGUCUUUCAGCUACGAUUCCAGUGGCGUCAUCACCACAGAGCCUGAAGGCAACAGGGUCAAAUCCAUCAGGGAAAUGUUCUUAGCAAAGAGUGCCACAGACAUUCAGCAUGGACUGAGACGUUUCCCGAACCCGAACACAUCAGAGCUAAGAGAGUUAAGAGCAGAGACCUCAGCUAGCGGUGGCUAUCAGUCUCAGACUUCAAGUGAGCUGUCCAGUGGUGAAGACGAUUCAGCACGGAAAUCUAUCACUAAAGGCUUUGUGAGGAGAGCAAUUGAAAGGCUUUAUGGAAAGAAAGAUGACAAUCCUGAUGAGGACCCAAGUGAAAGACCGCCGUCUGCACCGAAACAGAAAAAGAAAGAACAUUCAAGCAUUUUCUCUCCCUUUCACAUAGCGCACUGCAAAGCAGUGUCUGAGUUGUCAUACUUCAAUUCCAGUAAUGCGCUGGACACCUUAAGUGAAGCUACAAGAUGCAUUGCUUUUAAUGCACAAGUUGGGCCUGGAGACAGUGUUCCUAUUGAUAAUGGACGAUGGCUCCUUAGAGAGAACACGCUGAUCAGAAAAUCAGUUUCAGACCCAGUGGGAAUCAACAAAGCCUUCACAAACUCUCCUCUUGGCGAGGGAACGUGUGAGGAUACUGAACAGAACACUACGUAUUCACUCUUCACUACAAAGACAGAAGUGGAAGACAAGACUAACUCACUUACAAGAAAGUGCACCUACUUUUCUUUGCCCCACGCUAGUGACUCAGAUGUGUGUCAGGAUGACCUGAGCACAGUGAGCAAGAGUAGCGCGAAUGGCGACAGCGUCACAGACACAAAAGACAAUUCAGAAGACACCAAAACGUGGGUAGAGAGGAACGGCAUGCUGCCAGCUGUUGUUACUGAUUUUAAGAUGAUGGAUAACAAAGUGCACCCACUGACAGAGCUUCCAUCUGACGGUGGCGUUGUGGUGGUGCAGCCUGGGAAAGGCCAGGGUGUUGUGAAUCGGAGGCUUCAGGAGCCUGAUGUGUUGGACUUUUUGUACAAUUUUUGCGGUGAGCACUGUCCCAUCCUGUAA